CUUAAAGCGGUACCGCACACUAUUCUCUUCACAGAUAGCAUGUAAAUUAAGUCUCUUAUAUUGAUCAUCUUUAAAGCGUUUGACUCCGCGUGUAGACUUAACGAAUGCGGGUGAGUCUCUCGAGCAGGUGAAGGGACACUUUCAAUCUCAGCCCCAAACCACACUUAAAAUGCUGGUGUGUGUUCAAUAAGGGAACUUAUAUCGACAGAGACUUGGUUUAACAGCAAGAGUCGACACAAGUAUUGUUUGGUCGAUCAGCACCAAAAGCAACAGCUAUGUAUGAGAACGUACCGACAGUGUCAGCUUCCGAGCGACAGCAGGUCCUUCAGGCCCUGGAAAGGCUGCAGUCCAAGCUCGUGCAGAGAGAGGAGUGGAGUCACAGCGAACAGCUCGGGAUGCUGAAGGAAGCCCUGCAGAGUCCUUUGUUCGGCCAUAUACUCACCCUGCAGCAUUCCGUCAAACAGCUUAAAGACCAGUUAAACAGCUUGCCUCCAGACACCUGCAGUGAGUUCAGUUUCUCUAAAAAGGGUCAGUUGAUCGUCAGCGCGAGUCGCCCGUCCAGCAGUCUCGGCUCUGUGGUGUCCAACGGUACGACCUCCACGAACGCAUCUACAGAGCAGCUGCAGAGGUGGAUCAAUGUAGCUGCAAAGGGAAGGAAAACGGAGAUCAUCAGCCUCCAGAAGCCAUUAUCUGGAGGCCUGGGCUUCAGCGUGGUGGGCCUGAGACCUGAGGGGGUGGGCAGUCAUGGUGUGUUUGUCAGACAGGUCCAGAAAGGAAGUGUCGCAGACAGGGAUGGACGACUGCAGGAGAAUGAUCAGAUUCUGGCAAUUAAUGGGAUUCCUCUGGAUCAAAGCGUGACGCAGCAGCAGGCUAUUGCUCUCCUCCAGCAGCAGAGGGAUCGCGUGGAGCUGGUGGUGGCCAGAGACACCGCCGCCAAACCGAGGCUCUCCACAUCUGGACUCAUUCAGGUGGACCAGUGGGGUCACGUAGAAGAGAUCGAAUUGGUGAACGAUGGGUCUGGAUUGGGCUUUGGGAUCGUCGGAGGCAAGACGUCCGGUAUGGUUGUCAGGACCGUGGUGCCGGAUAGCGUAGCCCAUAAGGACGGGAGGCUGACAACAGGCGAUCACAUUCUGCGCAUUGGUGAGACGUGGACUCAGGGUCUGGCCAGCGACCAGGUGAUCCAGGUGCUUCAGGCCUGCGGUAGCCGUGUGAGGAUGCUGAUUGCACGAGACCCUCUGGGGCCCGCCCAGUCUCCUCCACCACCCCCAGCUGCCCCAUCCACCGCUCCCGUCACCUCCCUGUCCCCUCCACCUCUACCCGCCACUGCCCCCGUCACCUCCCUGCCCACUCCACCUCCCGUGCCAGCCCACCGGGGCAGCAAAACGCCCAAUCUGGAGGGCUACGAAAUCCACGAAGUGGCUUUAAAAAAGAAAGAAGGCCAGAGCCUCGGGAUCUCUAUCAUCGGUUAUAACGCCUUAACCAAUGAAGAUGCUGUGGGGGUCUUCAUAAAGAACAUCAUCCUGGGCAGCGCUGCUGAGCAAAGCGGGAAAAUCCAUGUCCACGACAGGAUAAUAGCGUUGGAUGGAGUGAACCUCCAGGGGUUCACCAACCAGGAAGUCCUAGAGGUAAUGAAGGGCACGGGCGAAACCAUACACCUCUCCCUCAUCAGAAAGAUCGCCUCGCCCAUGAGGACGUCUGUGGAGAAAUCCCUGGAUAAAGUCCAGAGAGAGUCAUCCCGCGUAUCUCUGAAGAGAUCGUCUGAGAUCAAGGCACGGGCGGACAUUCAGAGGAGCUCUGUGAUGGAGUCGGAUCCUGCUCUGAGUGGGAUCAAACAACAGCUGCAGGGGCAAAUCCAAGAGCCGGCCAUGCUGACGGAGACGGAGCUCCGCGCUAAAUGGGAGCAGGCCCUCGGCCCGCUUUACGACGUUAUGGUUGUGGAGCUGGACCCUGUCAUAGAAGAUGAUGUUGAGCUACAGAAGUAUUCCAAGCUUCUCCCGAUACACACAAUGCGCUUGGGCGUGGAACUAGACUCUUUCGAUGGGCACCAUUACAUCUCUACAGUGGCUCCUGAAGGCCCAGUAGCAAAACACGGGCUGCUUCGACCAGAGGACGAACUUCUGGAGGUGAAUUGCGUACAGUUGUAUGGGAAGUCCAGACGGGAAGCUGUUGCGUUCCUCAGAGAGGUUCCGCCUCCAUUUACCUUGGUCUGCUGCAGACGCCUCGCUGAGGAGGGCAGCGAAUACCAGCCUGAAUCUGAAGAGUGGCGGUCCGCCAGCCCCUCAGCCAGCCUUCAGGAACAGAUUGAGAAUAACCUCUCCAUGCUGGCUAAAGACACAAGUCUACGAGAUAGUUUAAGAGAGCAGCUCAAGACCCGUCAGGCACCUUCAGUUCAGCAGGACUAUGACAAUGAAGGAAACUCGUUUGAGCCGAGCGGCCCGGGGGGAGAAGAGCCGGAGGAGGAGAAUGAUGAAGAUGAGCUUGCUCUCUGGUCUUCAGAGGUGAAGGUGCUUGAAUUGGAGAAGGGAGAAAGGGGUCUCGGCUUCAGCAUACUGGACUAUCAGGACCCUCUCGAUGUUACUCGCUCCGUGAUCAUCAUUCGCUCUCUGUUGCCUGGGGGCGUGGCAGAUAAUCAUGGCGGUCUCCUCCCUGGAGACCAACUGGUGUUUGUCAAUGACGUUCAUCUGGACGCUUGCUCUCUAGCCCAGGCCGUCGAGGUCCUCAAAUCCGCUCCACCUGGGAAGGUCAAGCUUGGAAUUAGGAAACCACUGGUGCCAGAGGAGAACAGCAAUGUGCAGCAGUCCCCUUGGCCUGUAGAGGGUACUGAAGAGCAGCUGGAGGCAAAGGAGACCAUCAGUCACACUCACAUAGCUAUGCCAGAGGACUUUGGAAACAGCUCCGUUUUAUCAGACGAUCUGGAUGAGGAACCCGAGUUAAUCUUAGAUGCAGAGCCCCGCUACGCCUCCCCCCUCACCACCAUCCUGCCCGGCCUGGAGAGAGAGAUGGCCGUAGAUGAUGAUGAGGACGAGCUGGAGGGGAUGGAGAUGAGGACCGAUCAAGAGAGCUUCAAGGUCAGAGAUGAGAGUUUGCCUUCUUACCUCAGCAAGAAGAAGCACUCCUGGGAAGAACCUGCGAUACUGAACCCCUAUCAGUCUGAUUUGCAACAACAGGCACAGUUCACAGAAGAGGAGGAAGAUCUCAGUGCGAGCAUCGAUCGCAUUCAGCUCCAUCAAAAGCCCCCCAGUCAGUCUGUCUCGUGGCUGGAGAGAGCAGACAGUGGGGCUGAAUCGGACUCCAGAACUUCGGAACUCACGUUGACCGACACGGACACAGAGACUGUACAGCUGACUUCCUCUACAAACAGGAAGAGAAGAAGCCAGGGAGCUGGUGUUCCACCAGUCAGAGGAAGCCAAAGCGAUCUUCCAGAGAGGGAGGAAGGAGAAGGUGAAGAGACGCCUGUUUUCAGUCACUGGGGUCCACCACGCAGAGUGGAGGUUUGGUUAGAACCGCAGCAGUCUUUGGGCAUCAGCAUAGUGGGCGGCCGCACUGUUAUAAAGAGACUGAAGAACGGAGAAGAACUAAAGGGCAUUUUCAUCAAACAGGUGCUGCCCGACAGCCCAGCUGGAGCCACAGGUGCCCUUAAAACAGGAGACAAGAUCUUACAGGUGUCUGUGGUGGACUUACAGAACGCCAACCAUGAGGAGGCAGUACAGGCUAUCAAAACAGCCUCCAAUCCGGUAGUCUUCGUUGUGCAGAGUCUUUCCUCCACUCCACGGCCUGUUUCUGUGACGGCCUCCAGCAUUAGACAGCAUAACGCUAAAAGGAAAGCCGCCCAGCAGAAAGCAGGUCAGGCCAGCGGCCCUCCACCCAUGCGCCUCCCCCCACCCUACAGACCUCCCAGCCAAAUGCAGGAAGAGGAGGAGCGGCAGGAGGAAGAGGAGAAUGAGGAGCAGUCGAGAGAAGUGAUCAGGCAGAGGUACGCAGAACUACCAGGUGAGCUGCUGAUCGUGGAGCUGGAGAAAGAUCGCAACGGUUUGGGACUCAGCCUGGCCGGAAACAGGGAUCGGUCAUGCAUGAGCAUUUUCGUGGUGGGGAUCCCAGCCGGGGGUCCGGCCGGACGGGACGGACGCAUCAGAGUGGGCGACGAGCUGUUGGAGAUAAACAACCAGGUGCUGUACGGCAGAAGCCACCAGAAUGCGUCGGCCAUAAUAAAAAGCGCAGCGACAAAGGUGAAACUCGUGCUGGUCAGAAAUGAAGAUGCUCUCAGUCGAAUGGCUGUCCCGCCCUUCCCCACCCAGCCGUCCUCUCUGUACCCCGAGACGCAUCUCAAUACAUCAGCCGUCACGCCUCCGGCAGAGAAGCCCCCUUCUCCUCUUCCCGAGAGUCUUCCUGUUAGCCCACCUGAGCCGACGCAAAUCAAAGAGCAGCCCAGCAUGGUUUCCACCAAAAGCGUAACGCCUAGAGAUCAGACGAACCUUAAAGAGGUAGAGACUGUCGUGAAGAAGCUCAAGCCUACAGAGAAAGUGUUGGAGUCCACCAGCGAACAGUCACCCAGACCUCAUGUGGAACAGGUCACCAGUCUUCCAAAAUGCCAGAGGAACCCCUCCAAGCCCACGGCAGGUUCUCUGGAGGUCGUGACCUCAGGAUCAUCCGUUCCGUCCAGCGGCACCAGUCCAGACUUUGAGUACUGCAGCAAAGAUCCUGCUACAUGUCCUAUCGUUCCAGGACAGGAGACUGUUAUUGAGAUCUCGAAAGGCCGAUCCGGACUGGGUCUCAGUAUAGUCGGGGGGAAAGAUACGCAGUUGGAUGCCAUAGUGAUUCAUGAAGUAUAUGAAGAGGGGGCAGCGGCACGGGACGGUCGACUUUGGGCAGGAGAUCAGAUACUAGUGGUCAAUGGAGUGGACCUGUGCAGCGUCGCUCACGAAGACGCAAUAGCUGCUUUACGGCAAACACCAUCAAAAGUACAACUGACAGUCCUGCGAGACGAGGCGCAAUAUAGGGACGAGGAGAACCUUGACGUGUUUCAAGUGGAACUGCAGAAGAGAACCGGGCGAGGGCUGGGUCUCAGCAUCGUCGGUAAGAGAAACGGUAAGGGCGUCUUUAUCUCGGACGUGGUGAAGGGCGGAGCAGCCGAUCUGGACGGCAGACUGAUGCAGGGUGAUCAGAUCCUGGCCGUGGAUGGAGAGGACAUGAAACAGGCGUCACAGGAGACCGUCGCAGCCAUCCUCAAGUGCGCCAGGGGAAAAGUGCUGCUGGAACUGGGCCGGUUGAAGGCUGCCUCCUGGAUCUCGUCCAGACGCACCUCUCAGGGAAGUCAGAUGAGUCACGUCAGCGGCAACAGCAGCACGCCCAUCCCCACGGUAUCUACAGUGGCCCCGCCUCCUGCUGUAGCCCCGCCUCCUCAAACUCUCAACAACAACAACAGCCAAGCUAUCACUGAACCCAACAGCGAAAGUACAGAGCCAGUCCUUCGUACAGUUGAGAUCACACGGGGUCCCACGGAUGCUCUGGGUAUCAGUAUAGCGGGUGGAAAGGGCAGUCCGCUGGGCGACAUUCCCAUCUUCAUCGCUAUGAUCCAGGCUAACGGCGUGGCUGCUAGGACACAUCGCCUUAAAGUUGGCGACAGGAUUGUAAGCAUUAAUUCACAGUCUCUGGACGGCUUGACUCACGGAGAUGUCGUAAAUAUGUUGAAGAAUGCUUACGGCACUAUUGUCCUCCAGGUUAUCGCUGACACCAACAUCAGUGCUAUAGCCAGCCAGGUGGAGAAUCUGUCCACUGGCUCCGCCCCCAGCACAAACCUAGAGGUCCGGCCAGUGGAGCCAGAGGCGCCCAAGCCGAACAUCAUCACACUGGAAAAAGGCUCAGAGGGGUUGGGCUUCAGUAUCGUGGGGGGUUUCGGGAGUCCACAUGGAGAUCUUCCUAUCUAUGUCAAAACAGUCUUCGGCAAGGGGGCAGCAGCAGUGGACGGCCGUCUGAAGCGAGGAGACCAGAUCCUGACGGUUAACGGAGAGAGUCUAGAAGGAGUCACACAUGAGCAAGCCGUGGCCAUACUGAAGAAACAGCAAGGAACCGUCAUGCUAUCUGUGCUGUCCUAACACGCACACACACACUGAGAGCUCCAUCUACUGAAACACACACAUACACAUUCCAUCCACGUCUUAAAGAGACUCUUUCCCCUCACACAUCAGCGACAGCCUUCAUCUGGUCACUUUAAUUUGUGAUACGGUCUGACCGAUAGUGGCACCUUUGUAGCCUUUAAGCUCCGCCCCUUCUACGCCACCUCCUGGGAUUUUAGAUCAAAAAUGCUCAAAGGGAAAUCACAUUGUGUCUAAGCAAUGUUGUGUCAUCUUCGGUUGACAUCGUGCGCUGGUGGAUUGUGUGGAAAUAUUAAAGAUGAAUGUUAUGAAAUGAGUUAAAUUGAAGGUAGCAGAAAAACACACAUUUCAUUUGUAAUGAUCAUUUCAGUCCAAUAGGACAACACCUUGUGUGGUCCUUCUAAUUUCUCGAUUAAAUAAGAUAAACACA